GGUGCGUAGAGGUGGGGCCCCUGCGGGGUGCUGGGAAGGAGCUGGUGAUGCUAGGUGGGCCGCGGUGGGCUGGAGGAGGAGCCCUCCUGGGGGUCCUGGUGUCCCCGAAGGUGGGGAGGGGUCGUUGCCCGGGGCGGUUGUCCCUGUCGCGGGUGCUGGGAGGUGACGAGGGGGUUGCGAUCAUCCCCGCGCUGGGUGGGUGGUGCUGGGACCAGUCCGUGGAGGAGAAGGUUUCUUCUUGCCCGGCCCUCGCUGCACCUUGGCCCCGACCCCUGUCAGGGUUACGGCGGUAGGAGCCAACCUCACCCCGAUGCUCUGGAGCCCCCUGAGCUCCGUGGCCACUGAGCUGUCCUUAGCUGUGGCCACUGUCCGGAGGGAGCCCGGCAGCCCGUGUCAGCCAGCACGUCAGGCCCUGCCGCUCUCACCCCGCUGAGAAGAGUGUCCAGGAGCCAGGGUUCGGCUCAGCCACCCCACGCUCGCCCUCGGGAGCCGCUGGGCCUGUGGGACAGCAGCGGCCACGUUCUGCUGCCCUGCCCGCGCCUUCGCGGUCUCCUUUGCCCACCCCUCCGAGGUCUCCCUCGGCCUCGCUCUCAGGGUCUCCCUCACCUUCAGGGUCUUUGGGUCGAAGCGUUCUGUGGAGCCGCCGCCUGCGACGUGGGCUGGGCCCGCCUUUAUGACUUAGUCCUGGUGACGGGCAGAGGGACCAGGCGGGGGUUUUUUGGGGACCGGCCUUUUCCGUAGCACCCGCCCGACCCUCCCCAGGAUGUCGGGCCGCAGCGUGGGAGGAUCUGCCCACCCUCCGCAGGUGAUCGGGGGCUCUAGGACAGCCCGGACCCAUCACUACUGAUUGUGAUGCUGGUUGCAUAAGCACAGGCUCUGGCGCCAGCAGUGCUUGAGCUGGGGGAGAUGUAGCCUAGAUUUACUCCUUAGUGGCAGCGUAGAAGAAGAAACCGAACCUUCCGCCGUUUGUUGUAAAAGCCCGAAGCUGGUCGCUCGCUGAAGUGCUGCUGUGCUGUACCCAGGCUGAACCCGGAGCUCCUGGCAUGCCGACCGGCCGCAGCAUCCCUGAAACGCAGCCCAGCAGAUCCAUCAACCUUCUGGCUGCGGAGGCCAAUGGCUGAGUCCUUGGGGAAAGCCUCCGACGACUAAUUUGUAAACGAGCCGAACUGCUGAACUCUUCACAGCGGCCAAGCGGCCGUCCCUUCUGUCCCCACCAGGGUGGAAAUUAUUUAAUCUGGUUUCUGGGCUCGUCAGGAUGAGCUCUGCCCUAAUUCCUACCCCAGGAUAACGCCUGGAUUUGACGGACCUCGGGCCGGGAGCGGCGCACGCCGUGGCAGGUGUUGAGCAGGUGGAGGUGUCGCCGGAUCCGACCAUUUUUGCUGGCUCCUGGUUCAAUUCCGCAGCGAUUCUCAAAUGUGAGCUUAAUUUUUUUUCCCCCUUGGAGGGAGGUUUACAUGCUCCGCUCUGUCCGGCCACGUAUUUGAGCGUGCUGGACCCUUCCCAGGCGGUGCCAAACCUAAAGCAAAGCCCUUCUGCCGCUCCGGGGGCUCCCCAUCCUGUCGGCCGUCCUUGAGGAGGUGAGCUGCUUUCUUUGCUCUUUGGAGGAAGCGCAGAGCGAGGGCUCGAGUUCCCCCUGGGUUCCUGUUUGCUUUCUCUCGGCGAUUAACGCCCGUUUCCCUCUCCUCGGUGGGGUCCGGGCUUUGCCGUACGACCCGGGGUGGGGGGCUCCGGGGAGAUGGUGGGAGCAGCUUUUCAGCGUAUCAGGGAGUGCUGAAGGGUGUUUUAUUCUGCACGACCGCAAAGCUACGGGGCUGUGGUUGGUUUUGGGGCCGGCGGGGGGUGCUGGGCACGCACCCCCUCGACGUCACGGCAUGAUGCUCUGCAGUGGUGCUGCCGUGUCAUCCCUGGCAGUGUUAACGCUGCUGCAUAAUUGGUAACGAGGGAGAGAGCUGAACUGAGGGGUGACUGCCAGAGGGGAAGUCCCUUUUUGGGUGGGUUUCACCCGGGGGUGAGAUGUUUUCCAGUUGAAAUCUCUGCCGAGAGCCGUCCUUACCUCGGGGGGUGGGAGGAAUACGAAAUUGCAGCUUGGCUCCUUCCAGCCCCCGGUUCUGCCUUUGCGCUCCAGCAUCGCCUUCCUGGGAGACGCCAAGCACUGCAGUGGAAUAAAAUGGGCUGCUUUGGUUGUUCCUCAAUUAUAUUUUUCUGACUUUAUCCCGCAUGUGCCGUGGUCCCGUCCUAAAUACGCCCGUUAUCAGCCAGGACAGGGUUGGGAUGCUUCUCCAAUGUCCGUUGGGCUGUUGCUUCACCCGGGGGUCUCUCACUGUCUAUAGAGAUAUUUAUUUUCUUCCUUCUUGCAUAUCAUUCCCACCCUCUCCCUGUCUGGCUGCUGAAAUAAUCCCACAUCCCUGUGUUUGACACCUCCGAUACCUCAAAACCCUGGGAGGGUUUGUCAGGAUCCACUUUUGGCUCUUGCUUCUUACAGGAAACUUACUUAAACCGGCUUCCCCCGAAAAAUCGUUGCUCAAAGGAUGCAGUUAAAGCAGUUUGUAGAGGAAAGUAAAUACAAGGAGGAAGUCUUGAGCAUCCUCCAAGUUACUCAGUCCCAGAGCCCUUGAUCCAUGCAUGAUUUUUGGGAGCCAUCACAAAAUCUGGGAUGCCCAGAGGGUCUCCACCUGGUAAUCACUAAUUACUCUGAAUAUCCGGAAAUAAAACCCCUCAUUGCUCUGGAAUUUCUGUUUCGGUCUCCACCUGGACAACCCGCGAUGGAGGAGCAGCCGGAAGCUCAUCCGGAAUCAAGAAUCAUCAGAGGUGAUGGCGGAGUCACGGGAGGCGAAACGGAACUCGUCGGCGGGACCUGGGCCGAGGGCAGCGGAUGCGCUGGCGUUGGCAAACAAACUUGGGGGACCCCGAGCUGCUCCUGCCGCCCCUCUUCUCCUGACAGUUGGGAACUGGCAGACCAGGAGCAUGGCUUUUCGCAGCCUGACUGCAUCAAUUCCUCGUGAGGAUCUGGGCUUGUUAGCCAGCCUUGGGUGAGCUUCGAGCCGGCAGGUUUUCCUGAUCGGAUGCUGGAGCCCCCUGGCUGCACCAGCUCUGUCUCAGGAGGCUCUUUGCACCCGUGACCACACGAGUCCUGUCUCUCUCUGAACCCCUCCCUGCUCCCCAAGGCAAUUCCAGCAAUGGCUGACAUGGGAAAAAGCAAUCGAUAUUUUUAGCUGAGCACUUUUCGGUGUGGUUUAAUAGUGGAAAGAAGAAGAACUGGGGUUGCGCGGCCCCUUCCUCACAGUAUUGGAGUCAAGUUCUUUCUUUCCCUGUCCCAAAUCCCCUCCUUGGGGCUUUGGCUCAUUUUAAAAACUGAACGGAACCUGCAGAUGGCUUAUUUUAAUUUUCUCCCCCCACCCUGACCCUUGCCACCAUCAUUAAUAGAUUUAUGAUAUUCUUUUUUCCCCUGGUCGUGUCUGUGGCUCAGGAGGCAAGGAAGGAGGAGGGGAGGCUUCCCCUGGGAGCUGAGUCUGGGAUGAGCAUCCCUGCCGUAGGGAGGACGCCGGCUCUUUGCCCUCUCUCUCCUUAAACCCUCGCUUAAGCCAGCCCCCGACUUUGGGGCCCCAAAUCCUCACCCUGCUGCAGAGCACAAUCCAACGCGAAGGUGAGGGUCUCCCAUCCUCCCGCGGAGAGGCUCCGGGGACUUCUGCAGGCACGUCACCCCCCGCUCUGUGCUGGGUCUCGGGGGGCUUCUGAGCUGUGGGGCUCACCUCUGUGCCCUGGGUAUUUUCAAAAGUUUGGUUUGGUUUUGGAUUUUAUUUCAAAAAAAGGGUCAUUUGAGCCAAUAAAUGAGUUAAACGUCUCUGCAUUGCAUGGGGGCCGCCAGCGCCACGCUGAUGGAGGAGGAGGAAGACAGUGCCCAUGUGGGCAGGGGAGCUCCUACCGUGGUGAAAUGAGAGGAAAACUUCAUUUUCCAGCUGCCUCGUCCCCUGCAUCACCCUCCCGAGCGCCUCGCCGCUCCCCGCCCUCAGCCCCUGCUGUCCCUUGAGGCAGCACCCCCGGGUGGGUGCCCACCUCACUGCCUUUGGCUUCUUUUCCCCCAGCUCUGGGGCAGUUUUGACCCCCCCCAGCACAGCGAGUUGGUCCUUUGUAAGAAACUCAGUUAAUAUGAACCAUCCCCUGAUGGGUCCAUCCAGGGAAGGAUCCGGUCUCCAGCCCCGGCCGCAGUUUGAUGCUGCAGGGGGGGGGGGGGUCUCCUCCCAGGUGCCAUUUUCCUCACCUCACUGCUGACGAAGGUAUCUGAGCCCUGGAACGAGCAUCGCCACGCCGGCAGCACCCACGGGACCCUGACCAGGGACCUUCUGGGGACAGAAACGGGACCGUUUUGGGGCAAUUGGAGGUGGUAGAACAAGGUGGGGGACUUGGGGAUGUGGUGGCAACGACGCUUCAGGCGGGUGUUUUCUGCCUCUGCCCCUCGGAUCACGUGUGGGAUCGGUGUCAUUAAAUCAGCGUCUUAAUUGGUCUGAUGCUUAUGCUGGUUCAACAGCUGCUUUUUCCCUCCUUUAGCAGCAGGAUUAAACAAUUUAUUUACAAAAAAAAAAUACCCUGAAUAGCCAUAUUUAGACCCAAGCUGUGGCAUCCCUGGGCCAGCAAACUGCACCCUGCUCCGGGGCUUCGCCGCAGCCCCGGUGCUGCUGCAGCUUUGGCACCGGUGUGUACUUUUGCGGGGAGGAGGAGGGCACCAGCGUUUCUUUUUUGGCUUUAAAGAUGCUGGAGGUGAUGCAGAGCCCGUCCCUGAGCCUUGUGGGGGUGCGGGCGGUGUCUCCCGCUGCCUCUUUGCCCUCAAACCGCAUCUCGAGCCCCUCUGAUCCGCCCUGGGGCCGCCGUAUCCCAGUGUUGGCUGACAUGCUUUUUUUCGAGGCCGGUUGUUCCGUUGCCAUGAGAACGGCAGUGGGAGCGGAGGAAACACAAAGCGGAGAGGAGAGGAGAUGGCACAGCCGGGUGGGUGCUGGGCUCCCCGGGGCUGGUACAGGGCGCCCCGGGGCGCUUCCCGCUCCAGCCCGGCCCUGGGGCUGGGGACGAGGGGAGCCCUGGGCCCGGUUCAAGAGCAGAAGCCGCUGGUGUUCGGCGACCCAAGAGCAUCGGGGGGACGCAGAGCGAUGCUCGCCGGUCGCCCCACGUGGGGGAUCGGCUCCCCAAAAUUCCUCGCCCCAGCUGGAGCUGAGCGUUUCCCGGCUUCCCAUGGGCAAGUCGCCUUUUUCGGAGCGCGUAGGCAUUAAUGAGGGGGCAGGAGAGUGCUGGAGACUCACCGCGAAAUCCUCUGGGGGCUUAUUCCCCUCCUACGUCACGGACGGAGCCGCUGAUCCGGCAUCGAUGGACGGAUACCCCCCGGGACGUGGUGAGCCCGCCGGCAGCUCCGGGGGCCGGCGCGGGAGAGCUGGUGGCAAAGCAGCCCCCCCCGGCCGCCCGCCGGCCCUCCAUGCGAACCGCGGCCAAAUGGACGCGAUCGCGAGCGCCGGCCUCAAGAGGAAGUUUGCGGAUGCGGACGUGGGCUCGCCGGGCUCCAACUCGGAUGACGAGAUCUCCAACAGCGACAGCGCUGACAGCUGCGACAGCGUCAACCCCUCCAGCUCCACCGGCUUCAUACCCACCUCCAUCCUGAAGCGGCAGAAGCAGCUUCGCAGGAAGAGCGUCCGCUUCGACCAAGUGACCGUCUACUACUUUGCGCGACGCCAGGGCUUCACCAGCGUCCCCAGCCAGGGCGGCAGCUCCCUGGGCAUGGCCCAGCGCCACAACUCCGUCCGCCGCUACACGCUCUGCGAGUUCGCCCAGGAGCAGGAGGUGAAUCACCGGGAGAUCCUACGGGAGCACCUCAAGGAAGAGAAACUCCACGCCAAGAAAAUGAAGCUCACCAAGAACGGCACGGUGGAGUCGGAGGAGGCGGAGGGCCUGACGCUGGAGGACGUCUCGGACGACGACAUCGACGUGGAGAACGUGGAGGUGGACGACUACUUCUUCCUGCAGCCGCUGCCCACCAAACGCCGCCGAGCCCUGCUGCGCGCCUCCGGCGUUCACCGCAUCGACGCCGAGGAGAAGCAGGAGCUGCGGGCCAUCCGCCUGUCCCGGGAGGAGUGCGGCUGUGACUGCCGCCUCUACUGCGACCCGGAGGCCUGCGCCUGCAGCCAGGCAGGGAUUAAGUGCCAGGUGGAUCGCAUGUCCUUCCCCUGCGGCUGCUCCCGGGACGGUUGCGGUAACAUGGCCGGUCGGAUCGAAUUCAAUCCCAUCCGGGUGCGGACUCACUACCUCCACACCAUCAUGAAGCUGGAGCUGGAGAACAAGCGCCAGGGCGGGCGGCCGCCGGCACCGGAGGAGGAGGCGGCCGCCGCCGCCGCUCAGGGCUCCGCUGGCGACUGGCUGGGGCCGCAGCCAGCCGAAACGCAGGACUUCCAGGAGUUCAUGGCGGAGAACGAGACGGCCGUCAUGCACCUGCAAACGGCAGAGGAGUUGGAGAGGCUGAAGGCUGAGGAAGACUCCAGCAAUGGCUCCGGCGUGGAGAGCCUGGGCGUUUGCAUCCUGGAGGAGCCCCUGGCCGUGCCGGAGGGUCUGUGCCCAGGUCUUGCCGCCCCCAUCCUCAUCCAAGCCCAGUUGCCUCCGGGCUCGUCCGUCCUCUGCUUCGCCGACGGCUCGGAGCCGGCGGCCUCGGCGGUGGGCGACCAACCCUACUUGAACGAUGGGCCUGUGGUCUACUACCAGGUGGAGCAGAGGCCGGUGCUGGGCACCAAGGGCGACAGCAGCCCGGCCGAGCCGCCGGCACCGUCCCCCUGCCCUGGCGAGAAGGACCUCGGCGUCCUCCCCGUCCCUGUGGUGACUUGCAGCCGAGCUGCCGCCGCUGCGAGCAAAGGGGAAGCAUCCAAAAGUCCUCCCUCGCCCCCGGAGGCCGUGCCGUCCCCCGAGGGCUGCCGAAGGGCGGCUGCUCCCCGCUGCCCGCGCUCCCUGGCCCCGGGGCCGCCGGAGCAAGCCCCAGAGCGGCUGCACGAGCCGCCCUCCGCCGAGGAGCGCUCGCUGGGGCCUGUCCUGCCCGUCUGAGCAGCCCCGUCCCCCCCGCGGCGCUCAUUUAUUUAUUGACAAUAAUAUUUUACGGACCGGCAGCGGCCACUGGUGGUUAUUUAAUUGCAGGGGGGGGG